AUGGCAACGAGUUUUCGCAAAACGGGUGCUUCUAAGAGUCGAGCAUUCUUGCCGUCUGGUACGAAACAUUCGGUUCAAAACAGUCAACUACUUGUUUCCACCGGUGUUCCCUCCAUCGACGUUCUACUCGGUGGAGGUAUAGCCGUCGGAACUAUUUUUCUUGUGGAGGAGGAUGUGUAUGGAUCUUAUGCCAGAAUACUGUGCAAGUAUUUCUUAGCUGAAGGAAUUGUAUCUCAACAUGCCGUUCACGUGUCCUCUGCUGAUCGGUCUCCAGCAGGGAUUUUGCGUGAGCUUCCGGCGAGUGUGGAUGAGAGUGGAUGUUUGUCUGUAUCGGAUUCGUCUGUUACAAGUGGGGAAUCGGAUGCGUUAAGCAUUGCUUGGAGAUAUCAGAAUCAACCAAAAUAUCAGAGUGAGAGAGGCAUCAAGUUUGGUCAUUUCUAUGACUUGUCGAAAACUAUGGACGAAUCGUGUCUAAGAAAUAUCCCUACAACCAUGUUUGAUGCAUCAGAGGAAAGACGUCAUUGUAUUGCAGCAACAUCUGAUGCCACUGAACACUCACCCUGCAGAUUGAUGCAUCCUUUGUAUUCAAAACUUUGGGAAUCAAUAAAAUCUACUAUAGGUGAUGGACAGUUUAGUACAAGCUCUACAGUUGAGGAGAGGAAGGUGUUGAGAAUUGUGAUUGAGGCUCUUGGUUCACCAUUGUGGGGAGAGGACGACGAGCAGUAUCAUUCGUUAGCAAAGUUUCUUUUCUAUUUGAAGGGAUUACUGAGAAUGGCUUAUGCAGUAGCUUUGAUUACGAUACCAACGCACCUCAUGCAGGACACUGCAAUAGUCCGGAGGCUUGAGCAUCUCUGUGACACAGUUGUGGCACUGGAGUCAUUCGAAGGAUCAGACAAAAUGAAAAAUCCCGUUUAUAGAGACUACAAUGGGUUGUUUCACGUUCGAAGUCUGCCUCGGAUCAACUCGCUCAUGACACACAUGCCAGAGACACUGAAGUGGGCGUUCAAACUAAGAAGACGGAAGUUCAGUAUAGAGAAGUUGCAUUUGCCACCAGAAUUGUCUGAAACGGCAAGUCGAGCUCAAGGAGAUUUGUCCAAUCCGGCGUCAAGGAAGAGCCUUAGUAGAGUUGGAGAGAGAAACUGUCAGGGAAGUUCCAUAAUGGCACAUGUUAAGGGAAAGCCUAUGGAUGCACUUGAAUUUUAGAAAUCAAAAAGUUAAGUUAUUAUUG